AUGCUGAACCGGCGCAUAUACGAGUUGUUCUCGAUAUCUUCGUCGGCCAUCAAGGUUGCUCGUGAAGCAUCGGGUCUUGUGGCCAAAGAGGUGGAGGAUGCCUUGAAAACCACGAAACUUCUCCAACCUCUGAGGAACGACAAUGCAUUGUGGCAGGAGCUUCGGGCCAAGUCGGAUGAAGCAAAGGGAGUGAAGGAGUUCCAGGGCUCUGAAAUUGUUCCGGACAUUUAUCAGCUUGCUCAUGAGAAGUCUGUGGUAGCGGCAGCAACGGCAGCGAAGCAUCCAUCGAAGUCAAAAAGAUCCAAAUCCGCUAGCAAGACGAUCAAGAAUGAGCGUGGUUUCCAUACUAUGUCACGUAUAAGGAACGAAGACAAUUUCAAGAAGCCCAAAGUUAUUGGGGAGGCGGUCAAGCCAGAGUUUGAAAUGAGCCAAUCAGCUGUUCCAAGCACCCGUAUUGGACGUUUGUUUCACUAUGGUGCUCUGGCUGCAGGAAUUGGUCUUAACAUGGCCGCUGAAGGUGCUAAGAAAUAUGCCACCUCUGGAACUGCACCAGAUAUUGGGUCUUUGAUGUUGUCGCCCGCUAACAUCGAAAGAAUGGCUAAGAAGUUCAGCAGGAUGAGAGGUGCGGCCUUGAAGAUUGGCCAAAUGCUGUCAUUCCAAGACUCCUCGGUCUUGCCCAAAGAAAUCCAGCAGAUUUUGCUUAGGGUGCAAAACAAUGCUCACUAUAUGCCUGCGGGUCAAUUGGAGAAGGUGAUGAAGUUUGAGCUGGGCGAUGACUGGAGGGUUCGUAUGUUCUCAUCUUUUGAAGAUGUUCCGAUAGCUGCGGCGUCGAUUGGCCAAGUCCACGGAGCCAUCACCAAAGAUCUGGAAGAAGUUGUUGUGAAAGUGCAGUAUCCUGGUGUUGCCGAUAGUAUUGAUUCUGAUCUGAAUAAUCUGCUAUUGCUUCUGACGGCUUCUAAACUAUUGCCUCCAGGCCUGUUCCUCGAAAAUAGCGUUGACAAUGCCAGGAUGGAGCUGAAAUGGGAAUGUGAUUACAUCAGAGAAGCUCAGAGCUUGGAUCGCUUCAGGGAGCUUCUGAAAGAUGAUGAAGUAUUCGUGGUUCCCAAGGUUUACCAUGAACUAAGUGGAGAACAUGUUUUGACAAUGCAGAGACUCAAGGGAACAGAGAUCGUGAAAGGCGACUGGUCCCAAGAGAGAAAGGACUGGAUCGCUACCAACAUUAUGCGUUUAUGUCUGAUGGAAAUUGCGCAGUUUAGAUUUAUGCAGUCGGACCCCAAUUGGGCCAACUUCCUCUGCAAUGAGAGCACUAACAAAAUAGAGCUAUUGGACUUCGGUGCUUCGAGAGAAUAUAGCAAAGAGUUUAUUGACAACUAUCUUGGGUGUCUUCGGGCCGCUAUCUUGAAGGAUAGAAAGGGUGCGUACGAUUACUCUCUCAAGCUAGGUUACCUCACGGGUCUUGAAUCUGAGGCCAUGGUAAAGGCCCAUGUUGACUCCAUGUUGGUCUUGGGUGAACCUUUUGCUCCGAAGGAUAACAGCGGUAAUGCCUACAACUUCACACAGCAAACAGUGACGGACAGAGUUCGUGGAAACAUUAGUCUUAUGUUGAACGAAAGAUUGUCUCCUCCUCCAGAAGAGACGUACAGUCUGCAUAGAAAAUUGAGUGGUGCCUACCUGCUGUGUGCCAGAUUGAAUGCCACGGUUCCAUGUCAGAAACUUUUCGAGGAAAUCGUUGGAUUCUAA